CUCCCUGGACCUCUACUUCUAGUAAAUACUACAGUGUAUUGUGCAUGUUAUUUUAUGACAGGCAUCAAUGUUGUGAUAUUCAAAUGAUAUGGAUUUGAAAACAGAUGGAUCGUAAGACUCUCAGACCACUUUGGAGCCGUACUGCGUGUGGAUGCCUCCUACCCUCGCUGGAUGAUUCCAUCUCUGUGAUGAAAGGCUUAUCCAGCAGCCGCAGCCACCACCACAUGGUGACCUGUGACCCCUCUUUGGACUCCAUGGGUCACCACUUGGACCACAAGCCCUACCUCAUCAGCCAGAUCGACAGCCCCCACCCAGCCGACCAUUCUUAUUACUCCCAGAGAAGCCCCUACCAGCCUGACUGCGUGGUGCCUUAUGGGACCUUUCCCCGCCGACACUAUAGCUCUCAGCAUGAGCUGAAGGAUGAAACUGCUGUGGUUCCUUACACCGGGGGAGGGGUUCCAGCCAACAAGGGCCAACAGCGUCUCCCCAUCGCCCUGCUGGAUCAGUUCGACCGGCAACUCCCAGUGCCUCGGGACGGCUAUCACACACUACAGUACAAGCGUGCCGCCGCAGCCUUGGAGCAACGGAGUGACAGCCCAGGCCGAAUCCGGCACCUGGUGCACUCCGUUCAGAAGCUCUUCACCAAGUCCCACUCAUUAGAGGGCCCACACCACGGUCAUGGCCACGGCAAGGGCAGCAUCAAUGGAGGCAAGGCCAGCCCCGAUGGAGAACCCCCUGCUAUUCGGCACCGCAAGCGCAGCAAGAGCCGAGAGCGCUGCAAGUCGGCUGAGCCCAAGAAUCGGACGCCACCUUCCGGCUACUGGAGCUCGGAUGACUUGGAACGCGAGGCCUGCCUGUUUCACCAUGGACCACCAGGCGUCAUGACCAUGGGCCGUCACCCGGAUAAGUCACAGUCACAGUACUUCCUGGAGGCCUACAACACCAUCAAUGACCAGGCGCUUAAAAACUCCCGCAGCAACAACGAUUUGGGCAAGUGCUCGACGUGCACAAGCAUCCCGCUGAGCGUGGACGCUUCACAGCUCGUGAAGAAGAGCUCAUGGUCGUCCUCUCUCACGGUCCCUCAAGAUGAGUGGGGGGGCUUUCCGUUGGGAAAGGAUGAGGAUAUCCCAUGCAGACGCAUGCGCAGCGGCAGCUACGUGAAAGCCAUGGCGGAAGAUGACAGCGGAGACUCGGACGGCAGCCCUAAACCCUCACCCAAGAUGCAGGCACGACGGGCCAGCUACCUCAAAGCCACCCAGCCAUCACUGACAGAGAUGACUACUCUAAAGAUCUCCGCAGAGCACUCUCCAAAGCUGCAGAUCCGGAGUCACAGCUACUUGCGGGCGGUGAGUGAAGUUUCCAUCAAUAGGAGCCUGGACACCCUGGACCCCAAAGCUCUGCUAGCCUCUCCCCAAUACCGCUCACGCAACGAGAGCUACAUGAGGGCUAUGAGCACCAUCAGCCAGGUGAGUGAGGUGGAAGUUAACGGGCAGAUCGAGGCAGUGUGUGAGAGUGUGUUCAGUGAAAUGGAGUCGCAGGCCGUGGACGCCCUGGACCUGCCCAUGCCCGGGUGCUUCCGCAUGAGGAGUCACAGUUACGUGCGUGCCAUCGACCAGGGCUGCUCGCAGGACGACGAGGGACCUUUACUCCCGGCCUCCCCCCCGAGGACCACUACUACUGUCAGAACUAUCCAGAGCAGCACAGUAUCGUCAUGUAUCACCACCUACAAGAAGACUCCUCCACCGGUACCUCCCCGCACCUCCACCAAGCCCUUCAUCUCCAUCACGGCCCAGAGCAGCACUGAGUCUGCGCAGGACGCUUACAUGGACGGCCCUUGUACACGAGGUGAGCCCGUCCUCCACUCCGGCCUGAGCAAUUCCACCGAGAGCAUUGACAGCAUGAAAGCGCUGACGGCAGCCAUCGAGGCGGCCAACGCUCAGAUCCACGGCCCUGUCAGUCAGCACGUCAGCAACAGCACCAUCACCAUCAGCACUACCCCGUCCUCUCCGCUGCCCAUGCCUGUUCCUGUUCCCGUUCCCAUACCCAUACCAGCCCUGGAAGAUGUCCGCAGGGAUGUGCUCAGGAAGAGCAGGUGCCUUUCCAUUGGCAUCCAGGUGGAUGGGCCUGAGGACCAGGAACUAGAGGACCAGUCCAAGUUCCAGUCAGUGGGAAUUCAGGUUGAAGAAGAGCAUGGUCACCGGCGGUUCACUCGCUCUAACAGCGUGACGGCAGCAGUGCAGGCUGAUCUGGACACUCCGGACUACACACCAGCUGACUCUCCUGUCACAGAUUUCCCCUCUUCGGGCUGCUUGUCACGGCAGUACUCGCGUGAUGCCGCCACCUCCACCGUCAGUAUCCAGGGCUCAGGGAAUCAUUACCACGCCUGCACCUCAGACGACUAUGAGGACGUUGGGUUUGAUCCCUCCAUCCUGCCUCCACCUGACCCCUGGAUUGAUAGCGUAACAGAAGAUCCCCUGGAAGUCGUGGGCCGCUCAGUGUGCCAGCGUGACGGACGCUGGUUCCUCAAGCUGCUGCAGGCGGAGACAGAGCGCAUGGAGGGCUGGUGCAGGCAGAUGGAGCAUGAUGAGAAGGAAAACAAGCUACCGGAUGACAUCCUGGGGAAGAUCCGCAGUGCAGUGGGAAGUGCACAGCUGCUCAUGUCCCAGAAGUUUCAGCAGUUCAGGGAGCUUUGUGAGGAAAAUCUGCAGAACCCAAAUGCUCACCCGCGGCCAGUGGCUCAAGAUCUUGCAGGGUUCUGGGACAUGCUUCAACUUUCCAUCGAGAAUAUCAGCCUAAAGUUUGAUGAGCUUCACCAGCUCAAAGCCAACAACUGGAGACCCCUCGACCCCCCCGAGAGAAAGGAGAGAAGGCUGCCUCCCCCAGUGCCAAAGAAACCCCCAAAAGGCCACCCUCCCCUGGCCAGAGACCGCUCGCUGGAGAGCACCGAGAAGCAGCGUCAAGAGGCGCGCAAGCGCUUGAUGGCGGCCAAGCGAGCCGCUUCGGUGCGGCAGAACUCGGCCACAGAGAGCGCAGACAGCAUCGAGAUCUAUAUUCCUGAGGCCCAGACCAGACUAUGAAACUGCCAAACACGAAAACGCACUCACACAUAAACGCCCAAGUGCAGAAUUCCGCCAUGAGCACAACACGUCACACAGAUCUAUAUUUGCCUAAUGCUAAGACCACUGUAUAUUAGGAGCGACAUACACCAGCACCAUGAUAGCACAGUAGUAGUAAUUUGACCUUUCAUUAUUUAAAAAAUGACAUCCAACAUAGAUGUACAUCAUAUUUCUAUGACCCCAAGAUUUAGUCAGGACUUAUUAACGCCUUAUUUAAUUUUACGCAAAUGAAAACGAGGCUUUAGGUUGUAUGGUUAAUCUAAUUUUCACAUCCCAUGUUUUCCUGUUGUUUUUUUUUUUUAUCCCCUGGAAACUUUUUGUAAAGACUGUUUUCCAGGAUUUAUAAAAAAAAAAAAAAAAAAAAAACUGACAAAAAGGACAUCCUGAAUUAAACAUCCUGGACAUGCAGUGGUGGAUUCACUGGAGGAACCUUAGGUUUUUUACUUGUUCCCAGUAAAACUUUUCUUUAAACCAAGAUUUUUUUCUUUGAAAGCAACAUGCAACACUUGUAAACUAUUAAUACUUGCUUUCAUAGAUUGUAUCUUGAACUUACACUACCAUUCAAAAGUUUGGGGUCAGUUAGAUUUUUUUUAUGUUUUUGAAAGAAGUCUCUAUGCUCACCAAGGCUUAAUUUAUUUAAUAAAUAUACAGUAAAAACAGUAAGAUUGUGAAAUUUUUUAAUAUAUUUUAAAAUGUAAUUUAUUCCUGUGAUGGCAAAGUUGAAUUUUCUGCAUCAUUACUCCAGUCUUCGGUGUCACAUGAUCCUCCAGAAAUCAGUCUAAUAUGCUGAUUUGGUGCUCAAAAAAACAUUUGUUAUUAUUAUUAUCAGUGUUGAAAUGUUGCUGCUAAAUAUUUUUGUGGAAACGGUGAUAGAUUUUAUUCAGGAUUCUUUGAUGAAUAGAAAGUUCAUAUUUAUCAGCAUUUAUUUAAAAUAGAAAUCUAUUGUAACAUUAUAAAUGUAUUUACUUUUGAUUAAUUUAAUAUAUCCUAGCUGAAUAAAAGUAUUCAUUUCUUUCAAAAAAAGAAAAUCUUACUGACCCCAAACUUUUUUUGUCUUACAACAAUACAACAGAUUUCUUCCACUCAUUUUAAACUUUUUUUAUACUUCAAAUAAAAAAGAAAAGAUGAAAAAAAAAAAAUCUGCCAUUGGAAUUACACAAAAUACACUAGAAUUAGAGAUGCAUUCUCUGAAAAGUCUUUUCAUGUCCUAUACAGUGUUGCUUCUCAAAAUAUAUAUUUCUAAAUAUUUUAACUGGAAAGUAGGGCAAAAAUACUCAAUAAAAAUUACUUUUAUUUUGCAGUACUUAAUUAUAUACUACUGAACCUUUUUUUUUUUUUUUUUUUUUUAAGAUUACAGCAGCACUUUAAACCUCACAUCAUAUUAUCAAUAGCUCAACUGUUCCUUUACAGCCUCGCUUUCAUUCACAUCAAAUUAAAUAUGUCUACCCUGAAUAAUAUCAUUUGCACACACACACCAUUUGGAGCUCAGCCACUUUAUAUUAAAUAUUUUUCUUUGCACGUGUGGUUACAUACAGUUUGUUUGUAAUCACAUAUACACACAGACAUGCAUAGCGACCUCUCUCAGAGCCAUAGGCUGACCUUUGCUCUCCGUGUAGAUAAACGUGGGCAUAUACACACAUAUAUACUUUAUCAUUUAACAGCUCUACACGGACUUAUAACAGAUAAUAAACAUAAGCGUAUUCACUUUGAGUGGAAUGGGCUGGGGGUUUGUAAUAUAAUCUGUCUGUACCUUUUCCCUUGAGGGUUGAAGGAAUUUUAUAGCAGGUUUAAUGUUUUACUUCUCCCAUCAGUCUCUCUCUUUCACAAACUGUCUUAAUCUGAUGAUCUGAAGAGAUGUGAUCAUAGUGAAUUAUGUUCCUAGCCAUGUGAAGUAGGUAAACCCUCUCUCUCUCUCUCUUUCUCUCAGUCCAUCUUACAAUCUAGAAAUACUGUAUCCUAUUGUCUUUUAGCAUUUCUGUUUUUCUCAGAAGAGCAGAAUGUUUUGCAAUUUUUUCGCUUCCAUCUCUGCCCUUUUUUUUUUUUUUUUUUGUACAAUUGGAAAAUUAUUACCACAUAACAGGGUAUUUUCAGCUAAAAGCAAUACUCAUAAAAAUUCUAAUCAUACUACAUUAUUUUGAUGUAAAAGUGAUUCAUCGCUAAUGAAAAGAUGCCUUCACUAUUCCGUAGCCAUUUCUGUUUCUUGUCAUUCUGAUGCUUGCUAUUGUGAACGCUUGGCCACUCUUGAACAGUUCUUCUUAUUUUAAAACCUCUUUAGUCAUACGUGGGACAUUUAGGCACAUUAUUAUAUUCUUUAGUGUAUAAAAUACAAAUAAACCUACUAAUCAUUUUUCUAACAUAGAUUUGGGGCCUUCUGUGGAUUUUUAUGUAGACAAGUAGAGGUACUCCAAUGAGACGACUGCAAAAAAAAAUGACACGAGAAGGGGAAUUCUAAUAAAAUGCAAGCUUUUCAUCAUUGUUCACAAGAUUAUGUCUUUCCAGUAGCAAUUCCAGUGACUUAAUUUCAUGUGUGUUUUAAUACUGUGUUGGGGCACAGGGGGAAGUUUUUUGUAAGCUCUGUGCUCAAAAGGGUUGUGACUCUGAGAGGACCGUGUGACUCUGCCUGAUCAGCCGUGUCAGGUGAGCUAAACUAGCGUUAAACUCUCAGGAAAAGACGGAGAUGAAGCGAGUGCAGCAAAUUCAGGGUCUCCCAGUGGUGAUGUUUUACGCGUGUAUUUGUGAGCGUGUUUGCGUGUUAAAUGCACACAGGUGUGCGAGUCCGUUUGUGUUUUAAAGAAUGUAUGUAUCUUUAUGGUAAAUAGGUGUGUGUGAGAGCCUGUGCGCAUUGCGUGUGUGUGUGAGUCUAUAAAAGUGCUUCCUAAUUUUAUUGGUUAACAAUCUUUGAAUUUUUCUGUUGGUUGAAGUCAAGUAGCCUCAUGAACUCAUGUACAGUAUCAAAGCCCCUUGUUCUUAUUUUAGUCUAUAUUGUUUGUACAAGAAAACAAUGAUGAGGAUGUUCCUGUAAGCAUGCAGACACAAUUUGAGUCCUAUAGAUAUAUAUCUGCUUUAUACUAUUAUUUAUUUAUUUAUUUAUGUACUUAUUUACUUGUCUUAUCUAUUUAGGAUUUAUUUUAUACGGUUUUGAUUCUGUUUAGUGAUCUGUCAUGCCACCCUCAUAUUGUGAAUAUGUUGUACUGUAUGUAUAAACAUUAUAUGUGCAUACAUACGAUGAACAAAGAAUAAAUUCUUGAAACUUU